AUGCGGGCUGCCGGCAACAAGGAAGAGGACGAACUGGCUAGUUCAGAGCUCGAACUUUCGUCGCUUUCUUCGUCCGAUUCCUUCGAACCUAAGGCCUUCGAAGGCAAUCCAGUUGAGAUUAAGCGGCCACCGGUCAGUAAGCUACCAUCGGAAGCAUCCAGGGACUUUGCAUCGGAGAAGAGCAGCGUGACGCUCAGAGAUGGUCCGGAAACACACGAACAGGGCUCCUUUUCGUCUUCUUCGUCACUGCCUGAUGUGGAUAAAGUUGUGACACACAACGUGAAAGAGGGACUUUCCGAAAAUGUCGAAUCGCUCGAGGAACAGGGUUUGGAUCUAAGAAAAAAGGCCAAGCCUGAUAUCAAUAGCCCUGUUGCAUUAUCUUCGAACACUGAGUUUCCAGAGGAGUACAAUCUGGAAACUCAAACGGGGCUGGUAAAAGCUGUUACGUUACAGCAACUGAACAGACUCGACAGCCGAACAUCAGCGCGAAGCGGCCAGUCGCAGAAAAAAUCGCUUAAAUCUUCUAUAGCGUCUUUGGAGCUUCCUGAUGCUACUAGCGUUAAAAGCCGUACUGAUAGUGGAUUGGAUUCUGAGAAGCUGCGCAAGGCUGUUGAGAAGAACCAAAAACAGAUCGAAAAGUACCAAGAGCGCAAAAAGAAGGGUGGAGUCAAAGGCUUUAUAGCCAAAAUUUUCAGCUGA